AUGUCUCCAAACGUGUCAUCAAUCUCUACCUUGGUCAUUCCACGUGUGUUGUCCUCUCCAACCGCCGUGAAACAACAAAAGCCCCUCAAACGCAAACGCGAAAACGAGAUAGAUAAUGUCGUACUCAUGGCUAUGCAUGAAUAUAGAGAGCCGAUUCCACCGUCUUGGGAGAUUCUCAGUGUUCUUGCCCCUUACAUGGAGCCUGAGACUCUAGCCAUCGCUUGUUGCGUCUCGACCACGUGGUUGCAGUGUUUCUCCUACGCGAAUCUAUGGAAGUCUACUUUAACCAUGCAUAACGAUCUUUCUUAUUUUGCAAACACCGAAGAAACUAUGAUUGGCGAUUCAUUCAAACGCAUAGUCUCCGCGGUUCAAUCUGACGCUAAACGUUGUCGCAGAAAUCAACCAUCGAAACCAAAGAUCUCUCUCUCUGAUCUUAUUUUCAUAGUCCACAUGUCAACAGGAUCAACGCAAGCAACAAUUGUGAAAAAGGGAAAGGAUCUUGCGUUUGGUUCCAAAGAGCGGUUCCAAAUCGUAGCUGAUGUUAGCAACUCGGGAUUCACCGCCGGUAUGAAAGAAGUGAGGAUGUUGUGGCGAGUGGUGGUCAAGGAUUAUCGAAGACUCUUCACAAUCAAAGAUACUGUGAAGUCGUUAGACACUAAGCUUGGAUGGUUCACCGAUGAACUUCCGGCGCCGGAAAGCCGCUACUUUAAAAGUAGCAACCUUGUGGGAGACGUCAAGCCAAGUUUUAACGGCGAGGUUCUUGAUAAAGUCGGAUUCGCGUUCGUAGAUUCAAGUACAUGGGAAUCUUUGUUUGUUGACGAUGUUAUGAGAUAUCUCCAAUUGUUUCUUGUCGACUAA